AUGCUGGGUCGUGACCAGCCUGUGAUUCUGCACAUGCUUGAUGGCCCAUCUGAUGCAAAAAGAAUGAAUGAGGCUAAGAUGGAAUUGAUGGAUUGCAGAUUUCCUCUCCUUGAAGGUGCGGUUGCUACGACCGAUGUUGAGGAGGCAUGCAAAGGCGUUAGUUUUGCAGUAGUGAUCGGUGGCUUCCCAAGGAAAGAAGGCAUGGAAACGAAGGAUGUGAUCGCUGAAGUUGUUCCAAUAUACAAGUUCCUCGCUACUGCGUUAGAAAAGCAUGCGGCCGCCGAUUGCAAGAUUUUUGUCGUUGCCAAUCCAGCAAAUACAAUUCCGUUGAUUUUGAAGGAAUUUGCACCCUCCAUCCCCGAGAAAAACACUGCCUGUUCCACUAAAUUGUACCAUAACAGGGCAACAGGUAUUAUUGCCCACAGGUUGCAUGUUCCAGGUCGUGAUCUGAAAAAUGUGAUCGUAUGGGGAAGUGACUCGUUAAGUCGUUAUCUUGAUGUCAACCAUGCUACUGUCAAUACCCCAUUUGGUGAAAAACCUGUGCGUGAACUCAUUAAGGAUGAUGCUUGGUUGGAUGGAGAAUUGGUUACUAGGUUUCACCAAAUAGACCUGUCAAAUGGGUGGGUCUACCACCAACUCGAUGCCACCGGCUGGAUGAGUGCGUAUUUUACUGGUUGGGCUGCUUCCGACCACAUCCAUGACUGGGUCCUUGGAACUCCAAAUGGUACGUCGGUUUCCAUGGGGGUGUGUUCUGAUGGCUCUUCCAAUGUGCCUGCCGGCCUAUUCUAUUCCUUUCCGGUAACUUGUUGCAACGGAGAAUGGACCAUCGUGCAAGGUCUUCCGAUUGAUGAGUUCUCGCGGAAGAAGACGGAUUUAGCAGCAGAAGAACUUAUUAAGGAAAGAGCAUUUGCAUACUCUUGCCUCUUGCCCUCAAGUAUCGAGAAUUUCUCAUUAGAGGGGUAG